UUAUGAUCAAAUGCAAUAACUUACAUUGGUUCAAUAUGGCAGUCGUAAUUGAUCCACCAGUGCUUCGAGAACUUGCUACAAUACUCGAAAAUGUCGAUUAUUUCCAACAUCCUGAUGAAUCAGACUUCGAAAGAUGUCGAGCAUUCAAAAAAGACAACAUGGGUCGCUGCACAGUUCGCGUGAGGCAAGAGCAGGAUCAAAUUGAUAGUCUUUUGUCUCAAUUUCGGAGUAUGACAAAAUGUGUCGACACCAAAGGCCUGCAUGACCAAAUGCGAACAUUCAUUACUCUGACACACUGCAAAAGAUAUCAUCUUUGCGAGGCUCUUGAGGCUUUUGAUACAUGGAAAAGGAAGCGGAAAGAAGCCAUCUCGAAUAUACGGCCAGUAACUCCACCAAGGAGUGUGACAUCACACAAUGGUUCUUUCGAAUAUGACUCCGAUACCAAUAGCAUGUCAUUUUCUAGCCUUGAGAGAGGCAGUCCAGAUUGUGACAAGUCUACAUUGGAUUCUCAUAUUGAAGACAGAAUGAGGGUUUUAAAAAUCGCUACAUCUACGCGCCACGCUAGCACACAGACAGGGGACAAUGGCAUUGACGAAAUCGACAGAGAAAAGUUUGAGAGACUGGUCGGUGAUGUUCAUUUCCCGAAACAAGGGAAAGAUUACAAUCAUGGAAAAAUAUCUCAAACGAUACAAAAAGGUUUUAGUGAGAAACGACAGGCCGGUAUUCUCUAUGUCCUUGGGCAUACCAAGAUACCUGGUUUAUUCAAGAUUGGACAAUCAAAAUUCCCUAAAGAUGUGAGGCACAACCAAAAUUGCUACAAAACUGAGACAGAGGAUAUUUAUGCGACUGAGUUCCCGUUCCUUGGCUAUGAGCGGGCUGAGAAACUUGCUCUUAAAAUUCUUCGGCGCAAGAGGCUCUUGAUUGUCGAAUGUAUUCGGUGCACAAACACCCAUCAAGAGUGGUUCCUGGCAACUAGAGAGGAGGUAGUCAGUGUUGUUGAGCUAGCAGAGCGAUGACGGUAUACGCAAGAAGAUGUAUCACUUUUCUGUGCUCAAG